UAUCUGUCUGUAUUGUGAUGGUAAUUCUUUGGUAGUACAUAUCAUUAUAUCAUGGUGGUAUGAAAGUGUUCGAAAGGUGGUAUGAAUAUACUAUAGUGUAGAAUGAUUGUAUACAUGACAACAACAAUGUACUAACCACCAUCUAUCACAUUUCACCACUAUUUCACCACUGUCAUCUUUCGCAGUUUACCAUCUAAUAUUAGGAUGGUAUAUUUGAUCCAUGAAUUUUGUUUUCCAUAAAUUCAAAGAUAUGAAAAUAAUAUUGACAAUAAGAUUUCAUAAAUGAGUUAUGGGAAAAUGGAGGGGAAAAUAUGUAAAAAAUGAGUCUAAUCCAGAUUUGAAUAAAAUUGUUACAACAAUUUAUAUGAUCUCACAAAAAAUAUCAGAAAGCUACUAGAAAAUUGUUUCACGGUUUUGAGCUAGCUUUUGUUGUGUUGACAACUCUUUUUUUUUUUUUGACAAGGGAUGUGCUUAUAUUGCAAUAUGGAAAUCACGGUUACAAGAGGCGGAUUACAUCAAUGGAACAAAAGCAAAAUGAACACUCUAAUAAAAGGCAGAACAAUCAAAGACAAAAGCAAAGCUAGAGAACCAGCCACAAGAAAGAGCAGGCAAGAUUGAACUACACCAAUAUCAGAGAGCCAUCACCAGAGCCAAGGAAGUGAACCCAAGAACCUCAUGCUUCCACAACCAACAGAUCAGCAACAAAGCAGGGUUUCAACUCUCCCAAAACAGACAAGACCAUGGCGCUUGAAAACACAACGCCAUAAGCCGCCUCCUGGGGAUCGUUCGAAGACGAUCCAUCACAGUGAAUCACAAGGUUGCAAUUACAUGGCGGUGGGCAGGGCUGAAACCGGGAUGCUCAGAGUUGAAAAAAAGGUCGAGGAAGCCGAAGGCAGGAUGGACCGAGAAAUGGAGAGACAAAGAACUCCAGCCUAGUCUCAACCAAAACCCAGAACAGCUGCCGAUGACAAACGGAAAUGACACCGAAACCCACAACAGCCGAGAAGAGAAGAGGCUGAGAUGCUCACCAACAGUCGACGGCAGGGGACAACGGCGAAUGAGUUCUUCCGAACUGAAGAAACCACCAACAAGGAGGAGCCACUCAGGCACCAGAUCUCCAUUAGAGACUCUUCCAGCUGCAAAAUCCGAAACCCAAGCAGAGCAAAGCAAGACCAGAGAGGAGAAUCCAAGAUCCGAGAAGAAGAGCAACCGCUCCGAAAUCUGAAACGCCACAUCAGCAGAGAAACCCUAAACUAGAAGAUCCGGGUGAAAAUCGCCUAAGACAAAGGCAUGAAACACAAGAGCAAGAAGAGCAAAGGAAAGUACAAAAAAAAGAGAGAUUGAGCUGCCGCCGGUCACCAAAAGGAGCCGGCGGCAGCCAUGGGAAGUGUGAAAGAGGAGCCUGCUCCUAGAGAGAGGCGAGAGCGAAUUUUGAAAAGGAAAGUAAGAGAGAGGAAAGCUAAAAUCCAACUAAACAUAACUAAAACACAACUCUUGUUGCCAGAUAAAAACAUAACUAAACAUCUUUUUGAUCAAUCAUUGUUUUCACAUAUGAGAAGACUUUAAUCGAAAUGAAAAGGAUACUAACCAUUAUAUAAAAAAGGAUAAUAAACAGGUCUUCAUAGA